AUAUUUAAUGAAUAAACUGAAGAGUAAAUGUAAUUGGAAUUCGAAUGUUAAUUUGUAGGUUUAUUUCACUGAUAACCUCAAAAAAGCUAAAUGUUUGAGUGUAAGUGCCCAUAAAAAAUAGAAGUAAAGUGAAUGAUGACAAUUCAAAUAAAUAUAAAAACAAAGUUGUUAAAAAUAAAAUAUCUACAAUUUUCAAAUAUAUUUGCACAAUCGAUAUCAUGUGGUGUAAUAAAGCAUUAUCCAAAAUCUAAGGGGCAAGCGGAGAUUGAAAGAGUAAAGAAAAAAUUAGAAAGCUGGAGAGGCCCAGUAGCGUCAGUACAGAAACCAAUUAUUAAUAUUUCACCAGAUUUGGCUAUAUUUAAAUUUUUUCAAGCGGAUAUCGAAGUCAAUCCCUUGGGUAUAAUAAAAUUUUUAAAAAGAAAAACUAUAAGUACUCAUCAAAAUCUUCAAAAUGUUAAUCACGAAAUUGAGAAGUAUGUAGGAUAUGAUUUGGCGCUUGCAUAUUUUCUUGUAUCUAAUGGUGGUAAAGUCAAAUUCAAAGGACAAGACGAGUGGAUACAACUAAACAAAGAUAAUAAAACUGUCGAUUUACCACAGAAAUACGAUCCUAAUUACAUUGUCACGGAAAUUGAUGCUAGCGAUUUUAUAUUAUAUUAUAAUGGUCUUGAAAAUUUUAAAAAUUCAUCAAAGAUUAAAAAAGCAAUAUUUAAAAGAUCUCCGUUAUUUGAUGAUUGGUACAUGGACAGAAUUUCAUCGUACUUUCCCUGCUUGGAGUACCUUGACAUCUCAGAUUGUCCAAACGUAACUGAAAGAGCUUUGGAAGCACUUUACAGAUGUAGCGAUUUGCAAACUCUUAUUAUAACAGAUUACAAGAAUACCGUAUCGUUUCAAUUGACCUGUCUAAUGCUCAAUGAUUGUAUACCUGAUUUGAAAAUUGAAAUUUUAAAACCAACAGAAGUGAAGAAACUCAAUAUAAAUUCAAACUAUUUUUAA